GGAUCGGGACCCUCCACAAACCAACCCCCCCCCACGAUAACUAUGUAAUCCACUCAACCGACCCCUUACAAAACCCAACCAGAACGGACUUAAUCCCUGGGAUCAACAGAAGGCUCAGGCAAAGGUGCAUACUGGGAAAUAUAACCCAGAACCUAACAGUUCCUUCUCCAAGGGAGGGGGCCAAGAGGUGCUCCCUGCAUUGAAGUACGUUGUGGCAAUAGCUGAGAGGGUCCCAGAAGUGGCCCAAUUUACACCUCCUCCUCCUCCUCUGUCCUUUCCACUGGCAACACAAUGGCCUCUGAGACACCCUCUGAACAGUCUCUUCUUAAAGAUGGAAUGGAAAGAGGAGCCAGGCAGCUUCCUCAGGCCCCCUUGACCUUUGAGGAGGUGGCUGUGUUUUUCACGGUGGAGGAGUGGGCUCUGCUGGAUCCAGGCCAAAGAGCACUGUACAAGGAAGUCAUGGAGGAGAAUUAUGAAAUGGUGGCCUCUUUAGGUGAUGGAGAAGACAAUCAGAAUUUUGAGGGGCCAUCUGUGAAGUACUUCAAUGUGAGUGAAGACCUUAGCACACAUCUACAAACUAACACAGGGGAUAAACUAUUUAAAUGUAUGGAGUGUGGAAAGAGCUUCAGUCAGAGUGCAAGCCUUACUAGACAUCAACAGAUUCACGGAGGGGAGAAACUAUUUAGAUGUAUGGAUUGUGAAAAGAGCUUCACCGAGAGUGGUGGGCUUAGAAAACAUCAACGGACUCACACGGGGGAGAAACCAUAUAAAUGUUUGGAGUGUGGAAAGAGCUUCAGUCAGAGUGGACAGCUUAGAAUUCAUCAACGGACACACACGGGGGAGAAACCAUUUAAAUGCAUGGAGUGUGGAAAGAGCUUCAGGCAGAGUGCAAACCUUACUAGACAUCAACAGAUUCACGGAGGGGAGAAACCAUUUAGGUGUAUGGAGUGUGGAAAGAGCUUCAGACAAUGUUCACACCUUACUAGUCAUCAACAGAUUCACAGAGGGGAGAAACCAUUUAGGUGUAUGGAGUGUGGGAAGGGUUUCAGUGACGGUGGAAAACUUACAAGACAUCACCGAACUCACACAGGGGAGAAGCCAUUUAGAUCCUUUCCACUGGCAACGCAAUGGCCUCUGGGAAACCCUCUGAACAGUCUCUUGUUAAAGGUGGAGUGGAAAGAGGAGCCAGGCAGCUUCCUCAGAAUUGCUUCAUGGCAACAGCUGAGUCCUGGAAGUGGCCCAGUUUCCGCCUCCUUGUCCUCUGUCUUUCCCACAGGCAGUACAAUGGCCUCAGGGACACCAUCGUUUGGACCUUCUCUUCUUAAAGAUGGAGUGGAAAGAGGAGCCAGGCAGCUUCCUCAGUCCCUCUUGACCUUUGAGGAGGUGGCUGUGUUUUUCACGGAGGAGGAGUGGGCUCUGCUGGAUCCAGGCCAAAGAGCCCUGCACAAGGAAGUCAUGGAGGAGAAUUACAAGAUGGUGGCCUCUCUAGGAGAGAUACUCAAGUCUGAGCUCAUUUCACUUGAUACAGAAAAAUACGAAGAUGUUGUUCUGGACCAAUUGAGAGGUGAUGGAGAAGGCAAUCAGAAUUUUGAGGGGCCAUCUGUAAAGUACUUAAGUGUGAGUGAACACCUUAGCACACAUCUACAAACUAACACAGAGGAGAAACCCUUUAAAUGUAUGGAGUGUGGAAAGAGCUUCAGUAAAAAUGGAAAUCUUACCGCACAUCAACGAAUUCACACAGGGGAGAAACCAUUUAGAUGUAUGGAGUGUGGGAAGUGCUUCAGUGAAAGUGGAAAUCUUACUGUACAUCAGCGAACUCACACAGGUGAGAAACCAUUUAAAUGUAUGGAGUGUGGAAAGACCUUCCGUGAAAAUGCUAAACUUACUAUACAUCAACGAACUCACACCGGUGAGAAACCAUUUAGAUGUACAGAGUGUGGGCAGAGCUUCAGUCAGAAUGGAACUCUUACAACACAUCUACAAAUUCACACAGGGGAGAAACCCUUUAAAUGUAUGGAGUGUGGGCAGAGCUUCAGUCGGAAUAGAACUCUUACAGCACAUCUACGAAUUCACACAGGGGAGAAACCAUUUAAAUGUACGGAGUGUGGGCAAAGCUUCAGUCAAAAUGGACGCCUUACUCUACAUCAACGAACCCAUACAGGGGAGAAACCAUUUAGAUGUAUGGAGUGUGGGAAGUGCUUCAGUCAGUGUUCACACCUAACUCUACAUCAACGAAUUCAUACAGGGGAGAAACCCUUUAAAUGUAUGGAGUGUGGGCAGAGCUUCACUUCGUGUUCACAACUUACUCUACAUCAACGAACUCAUACAGGGGAGAAACCAUUUAAAUGUAUGGAGUGUGGGCAGAGCUUCAGUAGAUGUUCACAGCUUACUCUGCAUCAACGAACUCAUACAGGGGAGAAACCAUAUAAAUGUUUGGAGUGUGGAGCGAGCUUCAUUUGUAGUUCGAGACUCACUGUGCACCAGCAAAGUCACACUGGGGAGAAGCCAUUUACAUGUUUGGAGUGUGGGAAGUGCUUCAGUCAGUGUUCACACCUUACUAUACAUCAACGAUCUCACACAGGGGAGAAACCCUUUAAAUGUAUGGAUUGUGGGAAGUGCUUCAGUCAUAGUGGAUCUCUUACAAAGCAUCAACAAAUUCACACAGGGGAGAAACCAUUUAAGUGUAUGGAGUGUGGAAACAGCUUCAGACAGUGUUCACACCUUACUAGACAUAAACGAACUCAUACAGGGGAGAAGCCAUUUAAAUGUAUGGAUUGUGGAAAGGGCUUCAGUCAUAGUGGAGGUCUUACAAGACAUCUACAAACUCAUACAGGGGAGAAACCCUUUAAAUGUUUGGAGUGUGGAAAGAGUUUCAGUGAAAAUGGAAAACUUACAAUACAUCAACGAACUCAUACAGGGGGAAAACCAUUUAAAUGUCUGGAGUGUGGAAAGAGCUUCAGUGCAAGUGCAAAACUUACAAUACAUCAACACUCACAUGGGUGAGAAACCAUUUAAAUAGUGUGGGAAGUUAUAACAGAGUUAUUAAUAAAUACCUAUGAACUCUCACAGGGGAGAACCCAUUUAGAUGUAUGGAGUGUGCCAUGUCUUCCCCCCAGAGUUCACUUUGUCCCUCAUAUCAACAAACUCAUAUAGGGAAAAAUCAAUCGUAAAUGUAUGGGGUGUAUUUGAUGUUCUGGUGUUUGUAUGGAAUGUUGUGCAUAUAUGUAUUGAAGCAAUGAAGGUAAUGUCUCAUAAUACAGUGGUACCUCAACUUACGAACGACUCGACAACCGAAAUUUUUGACUUAUGAAUGGGGGUAAUGGCCGCGCACUUAAGAUUUUACUUAACAAAACCACCCUGGAAGAACCGUCUAUAAUAUCUCUAACAAGCGAAAAAUUAUAAAAUGCAAGCUGUGUGGAAAUUGAACUAUAUAUAAUUAAGGAUUUAUUUGUAUGUUAAUAGUAUGUUGUUAGAUGUGUGUUUUCUAUUUGGACUUGGCUGACCCUUUCCUGGAAAGACUGUAAAUCUGCAACCGGAGAAAUUAAUGAGCAGACGCUCGGACAUUAUUUAUUGGAUUUGGUGGAAGAUGGCGGCUGCCAGCAUGAUAAGACUUUGGGUUGGACUCUGAAAAAAAUCCCAGCACAGAAGGAGAGACUGCAAUGGAAUUUAUUGGGAAGCAUAGACAUAAAAUCCACACAGAAACGGAUAUUGUUUGCUUAAUCUCGUUUGUGAGAACAUCUCAGAGGCCGUGAGAGGAUCGAAGGGUAAUAAUAGAAUUAUUGGAAAUGAUCUAGAUUAUAUUGGACUAUAAUGAUUGGAAAGGAUUUGGACGAUAUUGAUUAGAAAGGCAGUAAUUCAUCGAUGAUCAGAACCCUCAAAGUCUGAAGCAUGGGAAGUGAAAAAGUUUAUAAUUUGGCAUAAUAUUUGGAUUAAUCGAUAUGCAUUUGUAUAAUUUGGAAUAAUUAAUAUGAUAUGAUUGGAUUGUUAAAGUGAAAAUUUUAAUAAAAAUGAUUUAUAAAAGAGAGAGAGAGUGAACAUGUGCUGAGAGUCCGUUUGUCUUUGGCAGACAUAGUUAAGAAUGGAUAGUUGUGAAAAGUAUAACACAACAGUGGUGUUUAGGAAGCAGGAUAGGCUCUGGAAUCCUGUAACUGUAGAGUUUAAAGGGACUCCAAGGGUCUUCUAAAUAAAGGAACAAUGGAAACACAGAAAGACUGAAACCAUCGUUUUAUGUGAACAAUGUAAUUUUAACCCAUCCUACGUUGCUUAUAUUUUAUAAAUUCAUUGUUUUAUGAUACCUUCUCAUUCAUGGCUCCAUUAAUGGGCAAAGUGAAUAAAAUAUCCCUGGUGGCAUA